AUGGUGCAUCCGCGCGGCACGCCGAGCACGGGGCGGCACCGCAUCGAGAUGGCCCUCAGGGUGGACAAGAACAGCCGCCAGGUCACCUUCUCCAAGCGCCGCUCCGGGCUCUUCAAGAAGUGCUCCGAGCUCGCCCUCCUCUGCGGCGCCGACCUCGCCGUCAUCGUCUUCUCCGAGGCCGGCAACGUGUUCGCCCUCGGCAGCCCCUCCGUCGACGCCGUCCUGCGCCGCUACGUGCCCCUCCCCGCUGGCGCCCCUGUCCCUGCUGCCGCUAACGACGCCGGUGUCGAUGAGGAUGACGACCGUGAGGCGCUGGAGAAGAUGUGUCAGGCGAAAGAGGCGACCGCAAAGCAGUUAGCGUCAGAGAUAGAGCGGAUGAACUUGAUCGGGUACAAGGUGAUCGAGGCGCAGGGUGAGAGGAGGUUCUGGUGGGAGGCGGACGUCGAUGCGCUCGGGGCGGCGGAGCUACCGGAGUUCGCCAGGUCGCUCGAGCGACUCAGGGAAAACCUGCGCCGCCACGCCGACAAGCUGCCCUCCGGCCCGCCACCCGCCGCCACGGCAGUCGUCGCUUACGCCGGGGAUGAGGCUUCUAAUUAUUUUGCUUGA